AUGGGUUGCGGAAUGAGUACCGAGGAGAAGGAGGGCAAGGCCCGCAACGAGGAGAUUGAGAACCAGCUGAAGAGGGACCGGAUGCAACAGCGAAAUGAGAUCAAGAUGCUACUUCUGGGUGCUGGUGAAUCCGGAAAGUCCACCAUUCUCAAGCAGAUGAAGCUUAUCCACGAGGGCGGCUACUCUCGCGAUGAGCGCGAGUCCUUCAAGGAGAUCAUCUUCAGCAACACUGUCCAGUCCAUGCGUGUCAUCCUGGAGGCGAUGGAGUCGCUCGAGCUUCCUCUGGAGGAUCAGCGCAUGGAGUACCACGUCCAGACCAUCUUCAUGCAGCCGGCGCAGAUUGAGGGCGAUGUCCUGCCGCCUGAGGUCGGCAAUGCCAUCGAGGCUUUGUGGAAGGACCGGGGCGUUCAGGACUGCUUCAAGAGGUCAAGGGAGUACCAGCUCAACGACUCGGCGAGAUACUACUUUGACAACAUUGCCCGUAUCGCGGCUCCCGACUAUAUGCCCAACGACCAGGACGUGCUGCGAUCGCGUGUCAAGACGACCGGUAUUACCGAGACGACCUUUAUCAUCGGCGAUCUCACCUACAGGAUGUUUGACGUCGGUGGUCAGCGAUCUGAGCGGAAGAAGUGGAUUCACUGCUUUGAGAACGUCACAACCAUCCUCUUCCUUGUCGCCAUCUCCGAGUACGACCAGCUUCUGUUCGAGGACGAGACCGUCAACCGUAUGCAGGAGGCUCUGACCCUCUUUGAUUCCAUCUGCAACUCGAGGUGGUUUAUCAAGACGUCGAUCAUCCUGUUCCUCAACAAGAUUGAUCGUUUCAAGGAGAAGCUGCCCGUCAGCCCCAUGAAGAACUACUUCCCCGACUACGAGGGCGGUGACGACUACGCGGCGGCUUGCGACUACAUCCUGAACCGCUUUGUCUCUCUGAACCAGCACGAGACGAAGCAGAUCUACACUCACUUCACGUGCGCCACCGACACGACCCAGAUUCGGUUCGUCAUGGCUGCCGUCAACGAUAUCAUCAUCCAGGAGAACCUCCGCCUGUGCGGUCUGAUCUAA